AUGGCCUCCAAUGGCGUAUCUCCAGAUACCCAGUAUCCCUCUGCCAAUAUUUCCAAAGACAAUUCAAUUACAAGAUAUGGAUUCAAAAUAACAACUCAAAAACUCCCAAUACUCAAAGCUGGUCCAAUCGAUGAGAUGACUACAAAAUUGGGCAUUGCGCCUCCAGAGAUGAUCUUUGGCGACAACCACGCCACAAUCGAGCACCAACCCUCGGGGUGGAAACUGGGUUUCAACGCUUUUGAUGCCUUGGACCGCGUGGACAAAACUGGGGAGACAAUGCUAAAGGUGGCUUAUUCGAAAGAGUGGCAGCAGAGCAGGUGA